AUGCUUUUGAAAUUUUUGCUGGUAUUGGCCAUCUCCGUCGGCUACACCGUGAGUGUCGAUGAGGGAUGGAUGAAUUACCUUAUUAUCGGGCCCAAAACCUUACAUUCCAAUAGCACGUUUCCUGUUUCCAUAAUGUGCCGCAGUGCCAGAUCGGACAUCAAUGUGGAUAUCAAUCUGCGACCAUCCGGUUUGGAUAUGUGGCAGGAUGUGGGACCGGAUAAAUUCGCAUCGCUAAAAUCCUUCGAAAUCAAAUCAGAUACGCUGAGCAAAUUGGAAUUAAGUACUAACCAGCCAUUAUACAAAGCCAAAGAUAGUAUGCGGUUCCGUAUUGUCACUGUGAACCAACAGGUUUUGCCUAUUGGCAUUCCGCUCACCGUGCAGAUAAUGGAUCCUCAAAACAAUGUUGUUAAACAGUACACUAACGCGACGGAUCCCAAUGUGAAGGAGUAUUUUGCUGGUGAUUUCUUGCUGUCAUCGGACCCACUUCUGGGUGCCUGGACCAUCGAGGUGCGCGCAUCGGAUUCACAAGAAAUUCUUGGGACUAAGCAGUUUUCCGUUGAUGAGUACGUUUUGCCAAGGUUUGAUGUGAAAAUAGUGUCACUGCCAAAUUUUAUGACCCCUGCCGAUUCUACUUUGACAUUUUUCGUUGAAGCAAAUUACACAUUCGGUGAACCUGUAAAGGGCAAAGUGGAAGCAACCUGGAAGAAAACUUAUUCGGAAAAUGCUGUAAACCAAAGCUCAUCAAUCGCGGAUUUUAACGGACGAUCUAUUGUUACUCUGCCGAUUGAUUCCGCCGUUAGCUCCGAUGAAAGCUACGGUGAGGAUGCCAAGCUGGAAGUCAAGGUCAACUUCACAGAAGCAUUAACAGGUCAAUCAAAGAUUGCCGUUGGCUACGUUUCCGUCAGCAAUAAAGCGUAUAAAGUGGAUUUAUUGGAUAGCGCCGACAAGUUUUGCCUGGACAAGAUUAUCAAUUUCGCAUCCGCAUUAGCGACUUGGAUGGACGACCGCUUCCCCCAAGCACAAAGGAAAUCCGUAUCCAGUAUUCAUUUUAUGAUAAACGUGGAAGUUCUGGAGAAAAAAUCGUUGUCAACAAUGGUCGCAGUUUCUGUGGAAGCAAAAAGUGGAUUAGCGUACGCUCAACCCGGUGAAGAAGCGCUGUACAAAGCCAAAACCAGCCCAUCAUCAUUUGUAGCCUUUCUUGCUAUGGACUAAAGUCUGCUGUUGAUGAAAACAGAAAAUGACCUUUCAUGGAACGAAGUAACUGCGGCUAUUGGCAAAGCGAAAUUGCCUCCAACAGACAUGUACUCCGUCAAAGACUUCUUUGAGGUAACUUUGAAGUUUUUGCUUCAAAGAGGACCCACUAUGGUUGCAAGUGAGGGGGAGUGGAUGGGCUUCGAAGGAGAAAGCGUAACGGCUGCUGCAGGUGAGGACACCUCUCCGCCGGAAUCGGAAUCAUUAACAACAACGGAGACCGUUGAGGUGACUUCAGUUGCUGGCUCUAGCGCCAGCACGGAAAUACCAGCCGAAAGCCUGCAAUCGCCCACCCAGAGUCGAAAAGACUUUAGACAGAGUUUCCUUUUCGAAACAGCAAUGUCCAACCCCGAAGGUUUUGCGGAAAUACAAUCCAAAGUUCCGGAUUCGGUAACUACCUGGAAAAUAACCGCCAUCAGCCUCAGCAAUACCAGUGGACUGGGAUUGACGUCCAUUCCGGCUAAAGUUUUCCAAUCCUUUUUCGCUGUCCUAAAUUUGCCCUUCAGCAUAGUGCGGUACGAAAACUUAACUGUGGAAGUCCUUGUCUUCAACUACAUGUCCCAACAACAAGAUGUCCGAGUUCAGUUAGAAGUACGCAAUCCUGAUAACACAACGGUGCACCUGAACAAGAACAUCGUUGCUAAACGCAAUGAAGGAGUGACGGCUGCAUUCGCCAUAAUUCCGAAACAAAUCGGAGGCUUGGUUCUGAAGGUGACUGUACAAUCUGUGUUUGCCGCAGAUCAGUUGGAAAAGUCGCUUCCAGUCAAACCGGAAGGCGUGAAGCAAUAUUAUAGCCGACCAGUUUUUAUUGACCUCCGCCAGUCAUCGAAUCUUAAUAUCCCGCUGACAUUGCCCUCCGACCCGGUUGGAAAAGUUGUCGGAUCAGACAAAGUGGAGGUUCGCGUUAUCGGAGAUAUCUUAGGUGCAGCUAUGAAUAAUCUGGAUAAAUUAAUUCGACUGCCUUUUGGAUGCGGCGAACAGAACAUGGCCACAACGACACCGAAUCUUGUAGUAGCAAAAUAUUUGAAACAACUCAAUCAACUUGCCGAGCCCCAGAAAUCAAAACUGAUAUCCAACAUUCAACUGGGAUAUCAACGAGAAUUGACUUACCGGCAUACCGAUGAUUCGUAUAGUGCUUGGGGGAAUUCUGAUCCAAUUGGCUCAACAUGGCUCACCGCCUACGUUGCCCGAGUAUUUUUGGAAGCAACGGAAUUUGUCCCGAUUAUCGAAGAUAAUGUUAUUGAAUCUGCUUAUCAACAGUCCCACGAUAAAUUCUGGGGUCAGCUGGUUUCUUCAAAAGAUAAAACCGUCGUGUUUCUGGAAUCAGAGCUCUCCACAAUAGCAAACGAUUCGUACACCUUGGCCAUCACGGCUUACGCACUGGUGAAGUCUCAGAGCGCAAAGAGCGCGACUGCUCUGGACUUGCUGGAGCAGAGAAUGAUUAAGAAUACUUCGGCCGCGUACUGGGCAACUGUUGCUUCACUCUCCGACCAGGGGGCUGACGCUGAACACUCGUAUCCAACCAAUGCCAAAGAUGUCGAAGCUACCGACUAUGCUCUACUGGCAUUCUUGGCUAACAACAAGUUCUCAUCCUGCCUUCCUAUAGUUUCGUGGCUAAUCUCCAAACAAAAUGCUGAAGGGGGAUUUGUUUCGACACAGGAUACUGUUGUCGGGCUGUCCGCUCUUGCAAAAUUUGCCAAAGCUUUUAUUAAUCCACCAUCGAUGCAGAUCGAACUCGGCUAUGGCCAAAAUAAACAAAGCCUAACUCUUACUCCGGACACUUCUGUCGUCCUGCAGACGAUGGAGCUGCAAAGCAAACCAGUAGAGAUGAAUUUAAUGGCUCAAGGAAAAGGUGUCGCGAUAGCGUACUUAAGCUGGACAUACAAUGUCGCCAAACCAGCUGAGGAUGUUGCGUUUGAUCUUAACAUUACCAAGACAACUUCCACAGCUGAUUUGAGAAUGGGUAUCUGCAGCAGAUAUAUUCGCGAAGGCCAAAGUAGCAUGGCCGUCAUCGAGGUAAAUUCCCUUUCCGGUUACCAGUUUGAUGAAGAUGAGAUUCGCAGGCUGGUCAAAACUGUUCCCACUCUGCGGAAAACUGAAAUGGAAAACAGGGAGACAAAGUUAAAUCUAUACUUUGAUCAGCUGGAGCAAUUGCCAACGUGUUUUAAGCUAGCCAUGUACAGGAUUUAUAAAGUGAAGGACCUCAAAGAUCAGAGCGUUGCAGUAUAUGAUUACUACAACCCUAAAGAAAGACGGACAGUAUCCUACAACCUUUUUUAA